AUGUCUGAUCAACGGCCCAUCAGAUUAGCUGUCCUUGGUGGAAGUUCAACGGGGAAGACUUCUUUAAUAUCAAGAUUGACUUUGAAUUUCGUACAUGAAGUCCAUUAUCCAACAAGAUCCCAAAAUAAUUGGUUAUUCGAUUUUAUACCGCAUUCCAGAUUAGUAAAGACAAUAUUAGAUGGUCAAGCUCAUGAACGACUGGCAAGAAGAAGUCCUAGUAGUCAAACUUUAGAACCAUUAUUUAAUUCACCUUUAGUGUCUCCAAAUAUACUACUCUCACCAUUGGUCUUCCAAGCAUUUAUGAAUGAUUUUACCAUAAUGAAAAAUAAGUCAUCAUCAUCAUCAACCUCGUCCUCAUCAAAUUCAACUUCAGGUCUUUCACUUUCUACUUCAACUUCUCAUCCUGAUAAUUCUUAUUAUCAGUAUUUGAGCCCAUCCACAAAUAAUAAUAAUAAUAAUAUUCUGUCGAAUUCCUCAUCGUCAUCACUGGCGAAUUUCUCAUUCAAAAACAAUAAUCAUAAGAGUAAAAAAGUUAUGAAAUUACCAAAAAAUUAUAUUCCACCAUCGUAUACUCCCAUCUCAAUCGAUAUUAUAGAUACACCAGCUUUUAAUCCAGAAAUUGUGGUACCAUUCCUCGAAGUAUCACUUUUUAGAAAUUUAGAUAAAUCAAUCUUGAAAGGUUUAGCAAAUGAACCAAGAAGACCUGUAUCAACAACAACUUUAUUGGUAGCAUCUGGUGCAUCUGAAUUAAAUGGGAAAAUUGACGCUUAUUUAUUCGUUUAUAGUGCUGUCCCAGAAUUGUUUAAUUAUAACGUCAAUCCACCAAAUUAUUAUUCACAAGACUUAUCAAAAGAUAAUUCUAAUUCUAAUUCUAAUUCUACUCCUAGUAGUAAUACUAACAAUAAUAAUAAUGAUGGUGGUUUUGAAAUUUUGAAAACAAUUAGAAAUUGUAUAUUGGAUGCAUGGACAGAAUUUAGAAACUAUACAAAUAAAUGGGAACAAGGUAAAGAAGAUGAUAUAUAUUCCAUAAUUUACAAUUUUAAGAAUUUCUGGAAAUCAUCAUCAUUAUCAUCAUCAGCCUCUUCUUCUUUGUCAUCAACAGCUGCUAAUAAGAAGGAAACUUUAAAAGAAUUAAGGAAGUUUACAACAAAAUUAGAAUCUAUUGAAAUGGAUCCAUCAUCACCAGAUUCUCCACCACCAAUUAUAAUCAUUUGUACUCAUUUGAAUGAUCCAAUGGCAAGUCCCGUAUUAAUUGAACAAGGAAAAAAUUUAGCAACGAAUUGGAAUUGUGGAUUCGUAGCAGUAGAUAAUAUGGAUGAUGUUAAUGUGGAUGUUACGUUAAGUUUAAUAAUUAGAGAAAUUAUUGAAAAGGAAAAAUUAAUUAAUAAAAAUCAUCCUAACCAUCAUCACCAUCAUUCGUCAACUUCUUCUUCUUUUCCUUCCUCUCAGAAAACACAUAAAAGGAACGGGCAUGGCAGUAGUAGUAGUUCAUUUUGGAAAAUUAGAAAAUAA